AUGGCUUCAUUAGUCAACGAGGUCGUAGCCAAAAUUUCCUCCACUCUCGGCCCCUUCGCCAUUCCCGCGCUCGCUGUCUUCGGUGCACUCUCGGUUCUAUCCAUAGGCCUCAAGGCUGUCAACGCUAUCCUGAGUCUCUUCAUCCUCAGCGGAACUAAUCUCCGCAAAUUCGGUCCCAAAGGCUCAUGGGCCCUAGUCACUGGCGCCUCUGACGGCAUCGGGAAAGAGUUUUCCCUCCAGCUUGCUGCAAAGGGGUUUAACAUUCUCCUCGUCUCACGCACCGAAUCCAAGCUUGCAACCCUAGCAACUGAAAUCGAAAGCAAGUAUGCCAGUACCCAGACGAAGAUACUUCCUAUGGAUUUUGCUGCCAAUGACUCAGCCGACUACGACCGUCUUGCAGCGCUCAUCAAGGACUUCGACAUCGCAAUCCUCGUUAACAACGUAGGCAAAUCACACGAUAUCCCGGUCCCCUUCCUCGAAACUACUCACAAGGAAAUGAAUGAUAUCAUCACCAUCAAUAUUACCGGUACUCUAAAAGUCACACAGCUUGUUGCUCCGGGAAUGGCGGCGAGGAAGCGUGGGUUGAUUCUGACCAUGGGGUCGUUUGGUGGAUUGCUACCGACACCGUUCUUGGCGACGUAUUCCGGGUCAAAGGCGUUCUUGCAGUACUGGAGUACGGCGCUGGGAGCAGAGCUGAAAAAGGAUGGCGUUGAAGUGCAAUUGGUUGUUGGUUAUCUUAUUACUUCCGCGAUGAGCAAGGUUAGAAAGCCAAGUAUGAUGAUCCCAACGCCUAAGGGCUUUGUCAAGGCUUGUCUUGGGAAAAUUGGGGUUAAGGGAACGGCGGCGGGAAUGGAGGGGACUAUUACUCCAUAUUGGGCACAUGGGCUUAUGCACUGGGGUGUUACCGCGCUAGGAAUCUUCAAUGGCACAGUGCUGAUGAAAAACUUGGGCAUGAAUGUGUCCAUUAGAAAGAGGGCUUUAAAAAAGAGGGAGAGAGAGGCGGCGCAAGGAAAGAAAGGAUUGUAG